AUGGCUGCUCUCGUCAAGGCGAUCAACGCAAAGAUCAGGUCCAACCCUGUGUCGGACUAUGUCUGCUCUACCCACUUCUGGGGCCCCGUCUCCAACUUCGGUAUUCCCCUGGCCGCCGUCAUGGACACCCAAAAGUCCCCCGACCUGAUCUCCGGCCAGAUGACCGGUGCCCUCUGCAUCUACUCGGCCACCUUCAUGCGUUACGCCCUCGCCGUCCAGCCCAAGAACUACCUCCUCUUCGCCUGCCACUUCGUCAACGAGGGCGCCCAGCUCACCCAGGGAUACCGUUACAUGCAGUACAACUACUGGGGCGGCAAGGAGGCUUCCGCCACCAAGGAGGCCUUCGAGGGCGUCCAGAAGAAGGCCGAAGCCGUCGAGGCCAAGGUCGAGGACAAGGUCAAGCAGGCCAUCGGCAAAUAA